GAACAGGUUGAUAGUGCAAAUAAGAGAGGAAGCUUGUUGGAAGUAGUUCAGGUUUUGACAGAUUUGGAUCUUUUAAUUCGUCGAGCUUACGUUUCCUCUGACGGCGAAUGGUUCAUGGACGUGUUUCAUGUGACUGAUAAGAAUGGAAAUAGGGUGAUGGAGGAGGACAUAGCAGAAACAAUUCAGCAGUCUCUCGGGCCACGGACUUGUAGCUUCAGGGCUCGGAAUAGAUCGGUUGGGGUUCAAGCCAUUUCAGAGAACACUUCAAUCGAAUUGACGGGAAGAGACAGACCAGGCUUGUUAUCGGAUGUUUUUGCUGUCUUGACCGAUAACAACUGCAAUGUCGUGGCAGCGGAAGUAUGGACUCACAACUCAAGAAUGGCAUCGGUUGUUUACAUCACAGACGAGACCACAGGGUCUGUAAUUGACGAUCCUGAUCGGAUUGCUAAGAUCAAGCAGCUCUUGCUCUACGUUCUUGAAGGAAACCGAGACAAGAGGAUAGCAAAUACUGCUGUCUUGAUGGGUUCGACCCACAAGGAAAGGAGACUCCAUCAGAUGAUGUACGAUAACCGUGACUACGAUAUGACUAACCUGGAUGUCGGGUCGACGAGUGAAAGGAGGAAACCCGUUAUAACAGUGGAGAAUUGCACCGACAAGGCUUACACAGUCGUUAACCUGAGGUGUAUUGAUCGGCCUAAACUCUUCUUUGACGCAGUCUGUACAUUGACAGAUAUGCAAUAUGUGGUGUAUCACGCCACUGUC